CGUGAUCGGCGUCGAGAUUGGCGGCCCGUAGUAUCCUCCCGAACUCGCACGCAGCCCGACGUUCUUCCCUCCGAGAAGUUAUUCUCGUCAACUGCAAUCUGUGCACUCGUCCGCUCGAACCGGUUUUCGCGUUGUUUAUUUUCUUUUUCCUUUUCGAGUCUCUCCGUCCUUGCUUUCGUUCCUCGGUUCGUUUUCGGGUCUUGCCGUUCGGGGGUCUCGAUGUCUCGCCCGGGGAGACUCGGUUUUUGAUGGUGGGGCUCCCUGACUCAGAUCCGGUUUGAUUUAUCGUCUCAGCGAUGGUGUCAAUUGUGAGCGGGAGCUGGAAGGUGCUGGGUCACAUCGAGCGGGCCCGGUUCCCGUCGCUGGGCACCGAGUCGACGACGAGCAGCAACGCCUGCUCGGAGCCGCUCCAGAAGGAGCACCACCGGGUCGUCAUGAUGGGCGGCGCCCGCGUCGGCAAGUCCUCCAUCAUAUCCCAGUUCCUCUACGACAAGUUCCUCUCCAGAUACCGCGAGACCGUCGAGGAGCUCCACAGAGGCGAGUACGAGUUACCGGACGGGGCCUCGCUGACCCUGGACAUCCUGGACACCUCGGGGGCGUACCAGUUCCCGGCCAUGCGGGACCUCUCCAUCUCCACGGCCGACGCCUUCAUCCUCGUCUACUCGGUCGACAGCAAGGAGUCCUGGGACCAGGUCCGCGACCUCCGCCAACUGAUCGUGACGAAGCGUGGGACUCGAGUGCCGAUAGUGGUGGUAGGGAAUAAAGCGGAGCUUCACUACCGAGCAGUGCCUAAAGAGUUGGCCGAGACGACUGCCGAGUACGACUGGGACUGCGGCUACGUCGAGUGCUCGGCCAAAGAGAACCAGAACAUCGUCCAAGUCUUCAAGGAACUCCUCGCUCAAGCUAAGAUUCAAUAUAAUUUAAGCCCGGCCGUGAGAAGGCGGAGACAGUCGUUGCCCAACUACGUCGGGACCGGGGGCUCGAAAUCCGCCAAGAGUCGCUACAUGCUCAAACGCAACUCCUGCACCGUCGCGUAAGCUCCGCACCCGCCGUGUUCCCGUCUCCCAGUUCCGGCCCGGUCGACGAAGAGAAGCACCAUCAGUUUCACAAUCAGAGAGGCAGAAAUUAAGGGUAUACGAGCUCGUAGUCCGUAGUCCUUGUGAUUUUUUCUCCUUCUUUCCGACAGGAACAUAAAUUCACAGCUGAAGAAACGUGGCCAACAAUUUUGGAAGAAACCGAGUAAUUGACACUCUCGAUAUAUUGCGGAAUGUUAUACUGUAUGCAUAUGUACGUCUUGGAAACCCAUUCCAAUGUCUAACACCUGGUUCUAGAUAUAGGGUUUUUAAAUUUGCAUAAUACCCCACAAGCAAGGGAACGGUCUAUUGAUGCCCCCCCCCACCCCCCUCCUCCGAUUUCUCGAAUAGGCGAAAUAGUUAGGGGUCUUUGGUCCUUGACUUCAGCGAAAACCAAUGAAAAUCUUCCAGUUUCUUAGUAAAAUUCCGAAAACGUACUCCCAAAAGCGCAAAUGAAGAUUUGAGCUUUUGAAGUGGUGCUCAAUCCCCCCUGAGACAUGCGAUUCGACCUGCCCCUGAGACGUGCGAUUCGACCUGCGUCACCAAAAACCCAAAACGCCCUCUUUUUCGUGCGUAUGCAACACGGACAGCAACUCAGCCCGAAUAGUUGCAUUCAGGUGUUAAAAUUAUAUUAUUGGAGUGUUCGUCGCAUGUGCCACGAACGGAGAGCGCUUUGCUUGUUUCUUUUACGCCUUAACUCAAUUUCAGGAUUGCUUAUUGUGCUGACGAAAUAGAAUAUCACUGAUUUAUGACACUGUAAAUUUCCGAGAAUUUUCCAGAUCGUUCAAUGCAUUACGUUUCUGGGCGGCAAAAAAUUAGAUGUCAGAGAAUGAUUUGUAGAGACUCCUUUAACCCACUUCAAUGCAUCGUCGGGGUUGAUAAAAAUCAUGUCUAUAUUUUUUCGAAAGUUUUUUUUUUUAAGUAUUGGCACUUCCAAGGUGAGUUCCGAGACUCGUCCCUUGCGCUCUUGGGGUAUGCAUUUCUCCCUUUGAAGUUUCGCUUUUGGGUUCCGUCGAAUUUCCUGGCUCUCCAUAUCAGCUCAAUCUGCCCAUUUAACUUAGCAUUAUAUGGAAGUCGCCCUCCUACUUGCAAAUGUAUACUUCUCGUUUGAUUGAAUAGUAGUCAAUGAGGGAAUGAAAUAAACAUGUGACAUACCUCAUGUACGUGUAACAAGUUCGUGGCGCACCUGUUUUCAGUUUUUAUUCUCAACCUUUGUUAGAAGUUGCAAACCUGCUACAGAUGAAGUAAAUCCCAAAAUUAUCGCCUCCAAAUAAACUUUAAGGCAUGUUGCUUUAUUUGAAAAUCUUACUUCGAAGUUUAUCGGAAGUCGAGGUGUUGACAUUUCAUUCCCUCUGCAUUACCAAUUCGCCCAUAGUGAAUUUACAAGUAAAAUGUAUAUUAUUUUCAAGAAACCUCGCAUAUUUGUGAAUGUCUGUGCAAUUAAAUAGGCCAAAACAUACCAAAAAUAAUGUAUAAACGUUUGUAUUAUUUUGUCAAUAACCAAAUAGAAUUGCUUAGUGUCUAGACACCAUUAAAGCUGAAAUUGUAA